AUGUUCCUCUUCACCAAAAAAUACAAGACCCCUGUCAGCACUUAUACCAACGACUACCGCCCACCAUGCUCUGUCAGAAAGACCGACCAAGAACAGACUCUGCAGCCACUCUGGAAAGAAAACAAGUUUGUAACACAGGGAUUAACGGUGCCCCCGCUGAAAAAUCCAGCAAGCCAAGGUCAGCCAGAGCAUCUGAUUAAUACAUCAAUGCAGGAGUACUACAGGAACAAAGAGAAGUACAAGCCAGUUUUUGUCAACGAUGACAAAUACAUCAGCUGGAGAAAUCCCUACAGCAGUACAGCCUGGAACAAGCACUCCUCUUACCCACCUCUCCAGCCCAAGGAAACAAGAAUGGAGACAUCCUUGAACAACACACUCAUGCCAUACUCCACAAAAGCCCCCUGCCUCCGUCAAUUGGAGGGGGUCACUGGCACUUUGCACAGGGUGCCUGUGUACAGCGCAAGACAGAGGGAACCCCUCCAGGUCUACUACAGCCCCUGCUCUGGGCACCACUACUGCCUGCGAGGGACAAACUGCUGUGUUGGUGGGGCCUCUGCCAUCAGAAGACACAUCCAUGCACUAGAAGAUGCAACUGUAAGGAGUGUCCCAUGCUGCGGUUACAACACUGGAACGAUCUUCUGUACAUCUACACGCCAUCCCCAGCCGUCCUCUACAUACUCGAGCCCUAGAUGGGACACAAGUCACUUCAAGAAGAUAGGAGGAGUCCAGAGAGGCAGCUACAUCAUCCACCCUGAGUUUACCUCAGAGGCUUACUCUGCCCCAUGA